AUCGCAUUAUUUUUUCUUAAUUUCAAUGUAGUAUAAUAUGCAACAUUAUUUAUGAUCUCUGCAAUUUAUAAUAAAGUGAUUAACUGCAAAGAUGACUGGAACAUAUAAAAACCACCAAACUACUAGCAGUGAACCAAAGUUUAGAUCGUUGGGUGAUUUAUUUUUCCAUUCUUUGAACAGAUUUAGUGAACGAAUAUUUCAAUAUCUCGAUGACACCAAUGAAAUUAUUACAUACUCGGAUAUUUUAGAAUGGAGUGUAAGUGUAGCAACUAAAUUAAAAGAAAGAGGAAUAACUGAAAAUGAUAUAAUUUGUAGUUGCAGUCAUAACCAAAAAUUUAGUGCAAUUCCUUUCAUAGCAACUCAAUUUUUAGGAGCAGUAAUAUGCAACCUUGAUCCUAAAUUAUCUCAUAUAGAUACAGUUCAUUUACUUAAGUUAAUUCAGCCCAAAAUUUUUUUUGUAGCUGAAGAGUCUUUACAUUUUAUAGAAAAAUGUCUUAAUAAAGCAAAUAUUACAACCGAUAUGGUUGUUUUUGGUAAGAGUAAUAAAUAUACUCAGUUUUCAGAAUAUAUUAUAAGUGUUGAUAAAAGAAAUUUUAAACUAAAAUCAAUUUUGGACAAUUCUGCACCUGCGGCCAUAUUUUGUAGUAGCGGUACAACUGGUUUACCUAAAGGUAUUUGCCUAAGUCACAGGGCAUUGAUUAAGUCAGCAACUUUAAAUAUCAGUCUGGAUACUAACGAGCCAACGGUGCCAAGUAUUAUUCUAAUGUAUCCGACUCUAUAUUGGAUUAGUGCAGCAUUUAGUUUAAUACGAGCUACUCUCAUGGGCUUUGCUUCCGUUGUUUGUAAGGAUUUUGAUCCGGCACAUACGUGGAAACUUAUCGAAAAAUAUAAGGUAACUUCAUUAUUUUUGGCUACAUAUCAUGCAGUCGAUUUUUGCAAACAACAAAUACCUGGACUUAAUGUUAGCAGUUUACAAUUUUUCCUGACAGGUAGCUGUCCUGUUCCAAAACGAUUAAUCGAAAAUCUAAGGCAAAUAUUACCACACGUAUCGAUAUUAAUAGCAUAUGGUACAACAGAAACAGCGGGAAUUGUUAGCGUAUUUGAUAUCAAUAAACCAGAUCAUAAAAAAAUGAGCAUUAAAAAACCAAAUUCGGUUGGUAAAAUUAAGGAAGAGAUGAAAUGGAAGGUAGUAGAUAUUGAUACAGAAGAAGUGCUGGGUCCCAAUCGACAAGGAGAACUUAGAUUGAAAUGGGACGGUUAUUUAAUGAAUGGUUAUUUUAAAAUGGAUACGUCGUCUGCAUAUGACACAGAGGGGUAUUUUAAAACUGGUGAUGUUGUCUAUUAUGAUGAAGAUGAAUGUUUUUACGUUGAGAAUAGAAUUAAAGAAAUCUUUAAAUACCGUGGAUGGCAUGUACUUCCAGCUAUUAUAGAAAACGUUUUACUUUCACAUCCUGCCGUUAAAGAAGCUGCAGUAAUAGGUGUUCCGCAUGAAGUUGAUGGUGAACAUCCCAGAGCAUUUGUUGUACUAAUUCCUGGAUUUAAUCAAAGUUGUGCCAAAGAAAUACAAACCUUUGUUAACGAAAAAGUUGCUGAUAGUCAGAAAUUGAGGGGAGGUGUAUGGAUAGUAGAUUCCAUUCCAAAAACUGCAACAGGAAAGAUUAGAAGAAUGGAUCUCCAAAAUUAUAUUAUAAACAAAAUAAAAGUAUCUGAUUAGGUAAUUGAUUAUAUUACAUAUCUAACUUAAUAGAUAAAGUCAACUUAUAAUAAUUUAACAUUUAAAAUAGUACCAACUUGCAAUAGUAGGUACAGCAUUUUCAUAUUAUUAUAUAAACACUAAACUGUCUCGUUUUUUAGAUGUUACGUUAAAUAUAUUACUGUCUUCAAUUA